AUGUCUGGACUCACCGUCCCACAGCAAGGCCAGCAGCAGCCGCUCAACACCUCCAACUCGGCGUCUUCACUCCGCCGCAAUACCAUCGAGCACAACGAUGACCUGGCGCCUGUCUCCCGCUCGAGACGCAACUCGGCCUCCAAUGCCAGCAUGACGUCUCUGCCACUGACCGCCCCUUCCGCAGGAGCACCUCAGUCCGCGGCUGCUCGUGCAGGCUUCGUUCCACUCCCUUCUGGAGCCAUGCAGGCCACGGCCGAGAACUACGCCCUCACUGCUCCUGUCGACUGGAAGGAGUCUGACCAGCUCACUGCCUCGGGAACUCACGAGGGCAAGACCACGCUGUACAUCGGGAAGAGCCAGCGACCGGUCCACAUUGACACCGCAACGCUCAAGGAGAAGAGCUCAUACUUCCAGCGUACACUGGAGGAGGGCAGCGCUCACCCAGAGAACACUUUCGACGACCUGGAUGAGUUCGGUAUCGGCUUGUUCAAUCACUGGCUCAAGACCAAGGGGCAACUUCAAGGCCCGCAUGACUUCCACAGCCUUGCUCAUUACUUGAGCUUGUACGUCGUGGCACGCAAGUUUGAGGUUGAGCCGCUUCAGAACCAAGUCAUGGACCUCGUCCGCCACUACUACUCCAGCCAAAACAUGACCGCUCCCGCCUACCGCCUCGAGUACGUCUACCACUACACCCUCGGCCCCAACAAGAUGCGCGACUUCCUCGUCAGCACCGCCGCCUUCCGCGCGCUCGAGGACUCCCACGCUCUGGACGACCUCGUCCAAGCCGGACCUCUGAUGCACAAGUCCUUCUACCAGCCUGGCAGCUAUGUCAGCGACAGCAUUAAGGGCGUGCUGAAGAAGUAUCCGGAGAUGGCGGUUGACUUCAUUGAGACACUUGUCAAAUUGCACAGGUGUGGGGAGCACGAUGCCAGGCAUGGGCCGGAUUGCGAGUGGCACGAGCAUGAGAAGACGUCAAAGUGCAAGGAGGCUGGUCUGGAGCCAUGGCAGAGUGAUGGUGCGGGCGACGAGAAGCCUGCCGCCAAAGCUGACCCACCGAAGGCUGCUGAGCCGAAGAAGGAGGACCCCAAGCCAGCGGCAGCCCCGCCAGCAAAGCCAGCGGACCCAGCAAAGCCUGCGGACAAGCCCGCCGAUGCACGUAAGUCUUCCACCAGCGAUGCUGCCGUCGACGAUAACCCUCCUCCCACCUCUCAUUGGCGGAACGAGACGGAACGCCUGCAAUGGGAAAUGACUGAACGCGCUUUAGCCAAGAACGACGCCAGCCCGGCGAAGAAGUCGAUGGGCGACAGGAUGAAGGCCAUGAAGGAGAAGUUGCACUCGAAGAAGGAAAAGCCUGCGGACAAGCCGGCCGACAAACCAGCGGACAAGCCUGCUGAUAAGCCAAAGGACGACAAGGCUGCCGCUCCGGCGAAGAAAUAG